UUCUGCUCCUCCCCGGGGGCUGAAAGCUGCGUGGCUCUCUCCCUCGUGUGCCUUUCGCUAUGGCCGGCCUGAACGUUUCCAUCGCCUUUUUCUUCCUGGUGCUUGGCACGUGCGAGGCAUUCAGGCGGCUCUCCAAGAGGCUGCUGGCCCCGGGGCUGUUGGUGUGCCUGGCUGCGGAGCUGGCUGGCUCACUGCAGCUGUGCUCGGGCUGCCUGGAGCUGAGGAUGCUGCUGGAGAUCGGCCCGUGGGGCGGCCUCAGUCCAGACGUGGUCCUGACUCUGCUCUUCCUCCUCUUCGCGGUUCACGCCGCCUGCGCAAAUGGAGCAGCCGCCAACCCCACCGUCUCUCUCCAGGAAUUCCUUCUCUUUGAAUGCAGCCUCGUGGCCACCGUGGCCAAACUACUGGCCCAGUGUGUGGGCGCGGGGAUGGGCUGGGCCCUCACCAAACUCUACUGGUCCUGGGAGCUGACACAGCUCCACCUCAUCCAGAACCUGAUGGCUUCUGAGUGCAGCUCCUCCAUCCGCACAUCCCCCCACCUUGGAGCUCUGGUGGAGGCUGCCUGCUCUUUUUUCUUCCACCUCAUCCUCCUCAGGGUGCGCCGCAGCCCUGCUGUGUGCCGGGUGCCUGUCCUGGCAGCCACUGUCACCUUCCUGACCUACGUAGCUGCGCCGGCCACGGGAGCCUUCUUCAACCCUGCCCUGGCCACCGCCAGCACCUUUCUGUGCGCGGGGAGCAGCCUGCAGGACUACAUCCAGGUGUACUGGCUGGGGCCCCUCGCAGGGAUGCUCGCCGCCCUCUUGCUCUACCAAGGCAACAUCCCAAGGUUCUUCCAAAAAAACCUGCUGUAUGGCCAGAAGAGCAAAUACAAGAUACCCAAGGCCAGGGUGAUGCAUGCAGAAGAUGGAGAACAGCAGCAGAAGGGGAAAGGGGAGAAGAGCAACCCAGCGCCUCGUGCCUGAGCGCUCUGCUGGGAGCAGUUCUGGCACGGAGCAUUUUGCACACCCAAGCCUGCAACGCUGGUCGUGGGGGGGAAAACAAAUGUGUUUGCAGAAAUUACUGGUUGUCUGGUGCACGCAGGAAGCUUGCAGAAGCUCAGGAGCAUUGCGUGGGCACGCUUGGGCAACUCCCAGGUGCUUGCAUCAUGCCACGUUUGAAAUAAUCUCUCUGUGUCUCUUACAGCCAUGAAAAGUGUAAUAAGUCUUGGAGACUUGGGAUGAGGAGGAGGCUAACUAUAAUGUUUGGCAUUAUUUGAGUUCAACUGAGGUCCCCAAAUCGCACAGCUCAGGGAGAAGGGCUUAAAAUGCUCUGAAAUUCACAGCAGCAGGGCACAGCACGCCCUGCUCUCCCGAUGCGAUGCUUAGCCUGUGUUUUGCAUGCAGCUGGGGAGCUGCAAGGUGACAAUAAUGGGUUCAUAAAGUGUCUUUGGUUUAAAUAUGUGGCUCUGGUAUGUGGUGCAGGUGGGUGGUUGCAUGCAGACCCCCGCCAGCUCCAGCCCUGGGCUGCUCUAUGUGACUGUGAAAUGCCCCUGCUAACACAGCACCCUGUGAAAUAAAUGUUGCAAUUGCCACUGA